AUGGAGUAUCUGUCGGCCUCGGAUAGGGAAAGUAUGAGACUUCUUCUCUUACAGCAUUGUCUCUCUUCUCUCACCAGAACACCAUCAGGACAAAUACCAUUCAAGGUUACAAUCAGACCACUUUUGCUACAAAAGUUAGUCUACGUUCGUAUCCCUGAUCCUUUGGACAGAAAGGAUGGCUCAUUCCUGAUAAGGUACCAUCAUGAGAGUGUCAAAGACAGGCUGAAGACAGACAUAUUUUAUGGAGAAGAGCAUGUGGCUCAGUCUCCACACAUUCUGAAAGGACCAGUGUAUCCUAAGUACUAUGAAUGCCCAGAAGAGAAUUCUCAGACGGCAUGUCCAAUCAAGGAGAUUCAGGUUGCAAAGGCCUUUGCUUCCUUCCCUCAGCAGACGCUAAAUGAAGUCCCAGCAAGGUUUGGGAACAAGAUUGUUCACUGAACUGUUUUCAAUAGGCAUGUCUACUGGCAGUCUAUAGGGAAGGACACCGAGUUCAAAAUGUUCUCAGAUGAAAUGUUGCUGUCACUACCAAGAAAGGUAUAUUUGCCAGAUUUAGAAUUUUAUAUCAAUGUUGGAGAUUGGCCAGUUGAAUAUCAAAAACCCAAUAAGACCCCUAUAGAUAUACCUAUCAUUUUAUGGUGUGGCUCAAUGGAUUUAAGUGAUACCAUCCUUCCAACGUGUAAUAUUACCCAUUCAACAACCGAAACACUGAGAAGUGUUACUAAUGAUAUCUUCUCUAUCCAGGGAAAUACAAGUCCUGUCUGGAACAAUAAAACAAAAAAACCUUUUUUCAGGGUCAGAGACAGCAGAGAAGAAUGUCUUCAAUUAGUGCAGUUGUCCAAGGACAAUCCAGAACUACUCAAUGCAAGAAUUACUGGAUGUUUCUUUUUCUAAGAUAAGGAAAAAAAGCUGGGAAGAGUUUGGUUGGUGGAUUUCUUUAACUUUUUAAUGCUCUUUGACUCUGGAAACAAUGAAGAAACUAAGAAGACUGCAAAAGAAAGUCAAUUAGUUGCUGAAGAGUUGCUCCAGCCCCACAGACUCUAUUGCUGCUAUUACAGGGUACUUCAGAAAUAUGCUGUGCUUCAAUCCAGCAACCCUGUAAUCCAUAAUGGGAUGGAGCUUAUUCCUCCCUCAAAUGAGACAGCAUUGCUGUCUUGCUACUACCACAGGAGAAAGCCACGAAGACAGAGCUUUAAAGAUGUCCCAGAAACAUAG